AUGGCUGUCGUCGCAGGAUGGCUCCUCCACUGCGAGCUUCACAAGGGUAGUGAUGCCGCCAUGACGCACAUCGCCUUUCGGCGGGACGUCACCAUGUCCUUGCUGCAGCUCAAGCAGAAACUCACUGUAAGACCUGGACCCCGGGUUCAUCCGAGACAUGAGGACAGAAAAACUGAUGGCCACUACAUCAUCUCAACGACUCGGGGAAGGUGCGCGGAAUGCAAGAAGAAUACAACGAAUCAGUGCCAGCAGUGCAAAAAGCGGCUGCACAAGAAAGGCUUUGCCGCUUACCACGGUUUGUGA